AUGAAUUUACCUCCUCUCUCUCAGGAGCAACUGGCCGCGGUCUUCACGUCCGCCCGUACACCUUCUGAGCUUUAUGAAACCUUGGCACAGUAUGAAGCUCAAGCUUGUCUUCUAUCAACACCAAAUAGCAAAGAAACAGAGCUCUUGAGCCUAUUCUACUCGAUGUUUUUCUUCUCCCACCUCCUCCUUGACGACAUUUACGAAGCUCGUGCGAUGACGAAACGGAUGCCACAGGACUUAGCGCACACCGAUUCUUCAUUACAGAACUGCUUGAAUCUUCUGCGGGCGGUGUGGCAGAGGAAGUAUGAGCAGGUAUACACCAUCCUGAGGGAGCUACCAUGGCCAGAGUCUCUGAAGCCAAUAGUACAACGAUACGACCAGCAUUUUCAAGAAAAGACCUUAAAGGAAGUCAGCAGGGUCUACGAAGCAAUACGGCCCGAUGCAGCCGCAAACUACCUUGGUCUCGAUGUAGCCGCCGCGAAGCAGGGUGAUCCCGCGAUCAUCAAGAAGUUCACUGCUUGUGGGUGGGCAUGGGAUGAGAAGACCAUGCUGUUCUACCCGAAGCCCAUCAUCUCGCCUGCGGACCAGAUCGGACACUUGUCCAACAACCUGGGGGAGGUUAUGGCGCUACUUGGUACACGCUCGGGUUGA